UGGCACGUUGGUGACAUUCUCAACAACUUACGAACUGAAGGAAGAGAGAAUGAAGCAAAUGGUUGAAGAGGAUACUCCAAAGUGGCACGAAACUUAGAACUGAACCAAACGUCAAAUUGUGUCUCGAACAUGACACUGAUUCUUCGUUCUUGUAAGUCCCUUUUACUUCUCAAUUCUUCAUUACCUCUUAAUCAUGUCAGAAACCCUUUGAGGAACAAACAACAUGCCAGCCCCGUGAAACUUCCAUCUCCUAAAUUUUGCCCUUUUACAAAUAAAUUUACAAUUUUGGGUGCUACCCAUGUUCCACUUUGUUCCAAGAACGAGGAAUUUGUGGUUGAUGAUAGAAUCCAAGAGUUCGAAACGCUAGAGUUGCUGGACAAACCUUCACUAGUAACCAGUAGAAAUGGGUCAUCUUCUGAAACUGACGUGCACAGAGAGAUGGAUUCUACUGAAGAGGAGACUUUGGCAUUGGCACCCUUUGUGAAGUUCUUAAAGGGAGGUGAUGAUUCUGUGGUGGAGGAGAAGGAAGAUGGUGGGGUGUUGGAAGGUUCUAAGGGAAGAGAUGGUGUGGGUGAUGAGUGUGGAGAAGAUGAGAAGGGUUGUGCGGAGUACUAUGAGCCCAAACCCGGGGAUUUUGUGGUUGGUGUUGUGGUUUCAGGUAAUGAGAACAAGCUCAAUGUGAAUGUGGGGUCGGAUUUACUGGGGACAAUGUUGACAAAGGAAGUGCUUCCCUUAUAUAGCAAAGAGAUGGAGCACUUGUUGUGUGAUGUGAGUAAGGCUGAAGAGAGUUUUAUGGUUGAGGGAAGGAUGGGGAUUGUGAAGAAUGAUGAUGCAAUGGUUGGGGGGCCAGUAACUGGGGGAACUGUUGUAGAAAUUGGGACCAUUUUGUUUGCUGAGGUUCUGGGUAGGACACUUGCUGGUAGGCCACUGCUUUCUACCAGAAGGCUCUUCCGCCGGAUUGCCUGGCAUCGGCUUAGGCAGAUAAAACAACUGGGUGAACCUGUAGAAGUUAGAAUCACUGAGUGGAAUACUAAGGGCCUACUGACAAGGAUUGAGGGUUUGCGAGCUUUCCUUCCCAAAGCUGAGCUUAUGAAAAGAGUAAAUAGCUUUUCUGAGUUGAAAGAAAAUAUUGGACGCUGUAUGCAUGUACAAAUUAUUCAAGUAGAUGAAGCUGAUAACAGUUUGAUAAUUAGUGAGAGGGAAGCUUGGGAAAAGCUGUAUCUUCGAGAAGGAACACUUCUUGAAGGGACUGUAAAAAAGAUCCUUCCUUAUGGAGCCCAAAUAAGAAUAGGAGAAACAAAUAGAAGUGGAUUGCUACAUGUUUCAGAUAUCACUCGAGCCCGAAUUCCUUCCAUCACAGACAUACUUUCUGUUGGUGAGAAGGUUAAAGUUCUGGUCGUGAAGUCACAGUCUCCUGAUAAAAUUUCUUUAAGUAUUGCAGACCUUGAAAGUGAACCUGGCCAAUUUCUUUCUAAUAAAGAGAGAGUAUUUCUGGAGGCUGAUAUGAUGGCCAAGAAAUACCGGGAAAAGCUACCUCCAGCUUUUGUCUCUCAACAACCAGAAAGCCUUCAAAACAGUGCCCUGCCGUUUGAAAAUGAAGCACUUUAUGCUAACUGGAAAUGGUUCAAGUUUGAGAGAUAACGAUGAAACAAUUAACCUUGAAAGCAUAACAUUAUUUCAUGGAAAAGCUUGAUUUACAGAACCAGAAAUUGAAUGGCACAAAAUGUUCUAAAAAGGGUCUUUCGUUCUUUGAAGAAAACAUUAUGAGCUUUAUAGCAUACGAGCUUUUGAUUCAGUCAAUUUAUAAGUUGAUUGCAUCCAUUGCAAAGCACACAAGGUAUGAAUGUGGUUUCAAUUUUUUUUCCUAUUCCUUUUUGACCUGUUGAUUAAUAGGUAAAUUCAUGCAGAUUCUUAAUUUUGAUGUAAGUUAUAUAUACAUGUAUUCACUUCAAUUUUGAUGUUUUCUUUUUCA